AUGACGGGAAGAGGGAGAGCACGUGCUAGAGGGAGAGCAAGGAGACUGGAUGGAGAUGAAAUUCGCAGACCAGGGGAACACAGUUCAGAGGCCCAAAAGCCCCCAGUACAGGUUGUAAGAGAAACCCCACCCAGGACAGAGCAGAUUGUCGGAGGUGCCCAAGCUGGGCCUGAGCAGAUUGUGAGAGGUUCCCAAGCUGGGGCUGAACAGACUGUCAGAGGUUCCCCAGCCCAGCCAGAGGACGUGAGAAGAGGAAUUGGAAAUCUACAGAUACAGAGAUUAGUGGGUCACACAGGACAACCCAUUCAGCUGAUGACUAAUUAUUUCAGCCUCUCGGAGAGUAAGAAUUGGAUCUACUACCAAUAUCACAUAGACUUCAGUCCACCUUUAGACUCCACAAGAAUGAAGAAGAAAGUUUUCUAUCAGCUCCCACAGUUUAGAAAGAAAACCACUAUUUUUGAUGGGGGAAUACUUUACCUGCCAUACAGAAUGCCAGAUAAGGUAACAGAGAUAACUGUAGGAUCACCAGUCGAUAACUCCCCAAUCAGAGUGACCAUCAAAGAGACCAGAGAAAUGUCCGGGUCUGACCCAGAAACCGAAAAGUUGUACUGUGUACUGCUGGGAAGAAUUUUGGAGAAUCUACUGGGGAUGACAUUCAUUGGCAGGAAUUACUAUGAUAUGAGUCCAGAGCUUGUAAAGAAGUACCCAGAACACCGUUUGUCCAUUUAUCCUGGGUAUGUAACGAGCGUCGCUAAUUACGAGCAUGGAAUGCUCCUUUGUGCUGACAUAAGCCACAAAAUUCUUCGAGACGAUACCAUGUGGACUCUUUUCCAGGAAGUCUAUACAUUAGCUAGCAGUGAAGAAGAUCAGAAGAUUCAGAUCAGGGCUAGAUAUGUUGGGUGUACUGUCAUAACUAGGUACAACAAUAGAACGUAUAAAAUUGCUGAUGUUGACUUUUCCAAGCAUCCCACUGACUCGUUCCCCAGGGCAGAUGGAACAAGCAUGACUUACAUUGACUAUUAUAAACAGCACUAUGACAUUGACCUUACUGACAUCAGGGAGCAGCCAUUGAUUCUUCAUCGAGUUCCGAGGCGAGAGAGAAGACCAGGACGUCCUGAGUUUGUGUACUUAAUUCCUCAGCUUUGCUUUCUCACAGGACUAACAGCUCAACAACGCUCAGAUUAUCAUGUCAUGCGGGACAUUGCUGAAACAACUCGUGUGGAACCAUUUGAUAGAGCAGCCAGUCUCCAGGAAUUUGUAAAGAGAAUAAACAGUAACCCUCAAUUCCAGAGAGAGAUGGAUGGCUUGUCUUUCUCUAGUGACAUGCUGACUAUCAAAGGAAGGGUUCUAGGAAGAGAGAAUAUAAAAGUCAGAGAUUCUCGUAGAAUGGAGGUAGAUCUGAAUUUCAAAAUGGAUGAAGCUGCCUGGGGAAGGCAGAUGCACAACAUGUACCUGCCACUGCCCAUCAAGCUUGUGAACUGGGUGUUGCUCUGUCCCAGUCAAUGUUCAAAAGUUAUGGGCAACUUUAUUGGUCAGCUGCAGGAUGUUGCUGCUAGAAUGGGGAUACAAAUAGAUUUUCCUGUCAUGCCUCAAAUGACUAAUGACAGCAUAGGCAAUUAUGACAAAGUGCUGAAGCAAACAGUCAAUCCCAGUACCCAGUUAGUGAUGUGUAUCCUCCCGAACUACCAGAAAUCACGUUACGACCACAUAAAGACACUGUGCUGCGUCACACACCCAGUUCCCAGUCAGUGUGUGGUAAAGAGGACCAUUAGUAACCCAAAGACCCUAAAGUCAGUAGCCACCAAAAUAGCCAUCCAGAUCAACUGUAAACUCGGGGGAUUCCCGUGGGAAGUCGGCAAUCCGCUAUCUAGACAUGCUGUAAUGCUGGUAGGGAUUGACACGUAUCAUGACAGUAAGACUAGAAACUUGUCUUAUGCUGGUGUGGUGUGCUCCACAAACCCUGGAUUCAACUGUUAUUAUUCCAAAACUCUGGCACAACACCCUGGGGAGGAACUGUUGAAUGGGAUCACCGUCUGUAUCAUAGCUGCAAUGAAGAAGUACCAUGAGAGAAAUGGCUACUUCCCUAAGCGGGUCAUUGUGUAUCGUGAUGGUGUGGGAGAUGGACAGAUACAGGCUGUUUUGGAGCAUGAGAAACCACAGUUCCUGGCAGCCUUUGACAGACUAAAUCUGAUGCAGCCAGAUGAUAGGCCAAAGUUAUCCAUCAUUAUUGUGAAAAAAAGAAUAAACACCAGAUUUUUCCUCAGAGGUAGCAAUGAAAAUCCAUACCCUGGAACAAUUGUGGAUACAGAUGUCACCAAACCAAGACCUAAUGUCAAGUACGAUUUCUUUUGUGUGUCGCAGUCCGUGAGACAGGGAACUGUCACUCCAACACAUUACAAUGUGGUAGAGGAUGAAAAUGCUGUCUUUCUCACACCGGACCGCAUGCAGCAGUUGGCGUACAAAUUGACACAUUUGUAUUACAACUGGCCGGGAACCAUCCGGGUCCCAGCACCGUGUCAGUAUGCCCAUAAAUUGGCUUACCUCACCGGACAGUCCCUCCAUAGAGACCCCUCAGAGUUGUUGUCGGACCGUCUCUUCUUCCUGUGAAACAUGACGGAGUACCAGUGCUAUGAAAUGUUUUAAAAAACAGUAAUACUAUUGGCUUGCCUCACCGGACAGUCCCUCCAUAGGGACCCCUCAGAGUUGUUGUCGGACCGUCUCUACUUCCUGUGAAACAUGAGGAAGUACCAGUGCUAUGAAUUGUUUUAAUAAACAGUAAUACUAUCCUGUAUUUGGAUACAGUGACUUGUAUAUAGACAUUAACCGAUAUUAGAGUUUUUGUGCAAGAGGUCAUGAAGUACAGACUUUAGAAAUGGCUGAUUACCUUGUUAUAUGUUUAGAUAGAAAUAAUAUUUGUGGGUUAAUUUUGUGUGUACAUGUACUUGUAUUAUAUUGAAUUGUUUUAUUUGAGUUAUACCUAUCAAUAUUAGUUUAAUUGUUA